GGGGCAAUUCUGGCACGGAAUCAAAUCAAACGCUCGUGCACAGCGAAACCCUAGAGUUAGGGUUUAAUUGCCCUCCCAACUUCCUCCACAAAGAAAGCAUCUUCAAUCUUUGGAUUGAUUGAUUGAUUGAUUUUUUUUUUUUUUUUUUUGCAUAUUAUUAUUUCUGAAGAUUGGUGUUGGGUGAAAUUUCGGUUGCUCUGUCUUGAAUCGGGCUUCAUCGCCCACUGCGCCUUCUAAUCCAUGGUCGAGUGUUUUCGAUGGACCCAUCUCCAGUGCUCACCACUCCUGAAAUUGAACAAGAAGACGAGUGGGACACCGAUGGAUUUGUGAUUCCAAGUUUGGGAAUUGGAGACUCGGAUCAAAGUAGACCUCAUGUUCCCAUCGUAGCAUCUUCAAAUUCUGGAGCAAAGGCUAAGAAGGAAGAAAACAUCUAUCUGGGUCCACACGGAGCACCUCCUUCACUUGCAAAACAGCAAGAGCUAAAUUCAUCUAACAGGAAGCAGAGGUUCAAACAAAAACUGAAAGAAGCUGACAAGAGAAAUAGUGGGACGGGUAGGGAGAAUAAGGUGGAUAACCUGAGGGAGCUUGUGGGUGGGGGUAAAGUAAGUUUGAACAUGGCAAAGGGAUCUUCCCCCAAGGAUUGGUUAGAUCCACAUUGCCAAGAAGCUCAGUUUGAGAGGAGGUAAUGGCCUCCUAUAGAGAUAUCAUACUAUAGAUAUGGCAUUGCAGAUUUUGGUUUCAUUGAGCUAUUUUUUUCUUUGGAGAUUGUUCACCUUUGUUAUACAGUUUGAUGCCAUCUCCCGAGACCCAAGUUUCGGAGGUUAUGUACUCCCUCAAUAAAUUUACCACUUAACUCGUUUGAUAAUAAAAGUCUUGUAUCAAAUUUUAAAAUAUUAUCA